UGUUCAUGGUAUGUAUUUAUAUAAUAUUAUUUUUCAUCAUUCAUUAUAUUAAUUUAUAAUAAUUUUUUCAAGGUAUCAUUAACGUGCCUGCUCAUCGUCAACCCGCCGCACGUGAAGAUAUACAGAUAACACCACAAAUAACUGUUCCAGAUAUACCGGCUGGUGGUUCAAACAUGUUAUCUGAUGACGAUAUUUGUAUGCUUGCAAUGGACGCAUAUGAAAUGCUAGACGCUAAUACAGAUUCUUACACUACAACCGAUAACGGAAAACGUACUUCUUCCGCAAACACUACGUCUGCUAUCAAAGCUAAAAAAGCACGUUUACUUCUUGUACAGUCUCCCGGCUUUAUCGAAAUUUCGUCUUCUGCAAAUAGAAAAGUCGUAUGGUAUUACGCAAAAAAUAUCGAAAAUAUUCAAAACUAUAUUGAAUUUUUUAAUUCGAUUAAAUCUGAAUUAGUCGAGUUACUAAAAUCACAAGCGUCUAAACAUCCGAUCAAGUUUAAUUUAAAGCUGGAAGCUACAUACAAUAUUCCAAAUGUUGAUAAUACAUCAGAGAACCGUUCAUUUAAGACCUCAGCUAGACCGAUUUUUGCCGAAACUGGUGUACGGGAAAUUGUUGAAGAAGGCAUUAUAAAAUUAAUGGCUGAACAAGACGAAUAUUCUAGCAAAGGAAGUGGUUAUACGCUACAGUGUAUUGACGGAAUAUUAUUAGGUGUUUAUCAAUAUACGCCUAUGAGCGCAUCGUCUUAUAUUCCGUUACCUGAUUUCAUUGAAAGAAAAAAAGCUGUAAUCAACCCGCAAAACUCAGACCAACAGUGCUUCAAGUGGGCUAUAUUAGCAAAACACGUAACAGGUUCAAAUAAACAACGUAUAGAAAAUUAUACAACGCACGAAGAAAAAUAUAAUUUUUCCGGUAUCACGUUCCCGACAAAAUACAUCAGGUUAACAUUUUCGAAAAAAAUAAUCCUAAUGUAA